GCAGAGGCGCACCGGGAACGCAGAAUCAGAUCAGCCGGUCGGUCGGUGAGCAGAGACACAGGCCGCCGAGAGCACCGGCAUUGAACGGCACAACUGAGCCUUUUGCUUCCAGCGACGGUUGCUUCUCUCGCGGACUAACGUUACUGGAAGUUGUAUGCAACAGUUCAGACGCACGGAGAGAGGGUCAGACAAGCUGUCCACCAUGUCAGGGAGCAGGGAGGAGGAGAGGAGGAAACUGGCCGACAUCAUCAACCACUGGAACGCCAACCGGCUCGACCUGUUCGAGAUCAGCCGGCCCACAGAGGACUUGGAGUUCCACGGCGUGAUGCGGUUCUACUUCCAGGAUCGCGUUGCCGGUAACUUUGCCACCAAGUGCAUCCGGGUGUCCAGCACAGCGACAACGCAGGACGUCAUUGAGACGCUGGCGGAGAAGUUCCGACCUGACAUGAGGAUGCUGUCCUCGCCAAAGUACUCGCUGUAUGAGGUCCACGUCAGCGGCGAAGAGCGUCAGCUGGACCUGGACGAGAAGCCGCUGGUCGUGCAGCUGAACUGGAACAAAGACGACCGAGAGGGACGCUUCGUCCUGAAGAACGAGAACGACAUCCUCCCUAAGAAGAGUCAGAGUAAUGGUCCGGAGAAGGAGAAGGACGGCGUGAUCCAGAACUUCAAGAGGACUUUAUCCAAGAAGGAGAAGAAGAAGGAAAAGAAGAGGGAGAAGGAGUUUGCCCGGAUCCCCGAUGGAGACGAGCAUACGCUCACCCGGGAGGACGGGGAAAACAGUUGUCUGGCGGCAGAGGUUUACAAGGACAUGCCGGAGACCAGCUUCACCAGGACAAUCUCCAACCCGGAGGUGGUGAUGAAGAGGAGACGCCAGCAGAAGCUCGAGAAACGCAUGCAGGAGUUCAUGAGCAGCGAUGGGAGGCCCGACUCAGGAGGCACUUUGCGGAUAUACGCCGACAGCCUGAAGCCCAACAUCCCAUACAAGACCAUCCUACUCUCCACAAGAGACACGGCAGACUUUGCUGUGGGAGAGGCGCUGGAGAAGUACGGUCUGGAGAAGGAGAACCCCAGAGAGUACUGCAUUUCCCGGCAAGACGAUAAGUCAAGCAAAGAAGUGAUUCUGGACGAUGCCGAGUGUCCACUGCAGAUCUUCAGGGACUGGCCUGCUGACAGAGGAGCGCUGGUGUUCCAGCUGAAGAAGAGGCCUCCAGACUACCAGGGGAGGAAGGGAAGGAAAGUGGACGACCACGGCCUGCAAGGCAGCACCAGCUCACUGCCGCCAGAGAAACUGCCUUACCUGGUGGAGCUGAGCCCAGGCCGAGGGAAUCACUAUGCCUACUACGCCUAUCGGCACCACGAAGACGGGUCCGACUCCCGCGACAAACCAAAGCUCUACCGGCUUCAGCAAAGCGUCACCGAGGUCGGCUCGGACUGCACGGAGGACGGAGCCAUCCAGCUGCUCGGCCCGGGGAUCCUGCCCCACCACUGCAACCUCAUGCACAGCGAGGGCAUGGUGACCGUGACGCCUCACGGCCCAGACGCCGACACCUUCGUGGACGGGCAGCGACUCAACGAGACCACGGUGCUGCGUUCGGGCUCCACCCUCCAGUUCGGCUCAGUGCACGUCUUUAAGUUCGUGGACCCGAUGUUCGACCAGGGCGGGAAGAGAGAGACGGCCGCCAUGAUGAGGAGCCGACACAAGUCCGGCAGUGUACCCGAAACAACCUUCGACCUUCAGGGAGACGUCCACAGUGGAGCUCCGCUGCCCACCAGCAAGAGCUCAGGGGAGAUGGAGCGCGGCAUGGUCAAACCCAUGAUCAGAGGAGAGCAGCAGGACAACAGGUCUCAGGACGCGUCAGUCGACAGAACCGAGCUGAUUCUGCCAGCCGGCAUCGAGUUCAGAGACAACUCUGAAGACACCUUCCUGUCAGCCAUUAUCAACUACACCAACAGCUCCACGGUCCACUUCAAGCUCUCCCCCACCUACGUCCUGUACAUGGCCUGCCGCUACGUCCUUUCGCCUUCUUACCGGCCCGAUAUGUCGCCGUCCGAGAGGACGCACAAAGUCAUUGCCAUCGUCAACAAGAUGGUGAGCAUGAUGGAGGGAGUCAUUCAGGAGAUUCCUGAAGGGGAUCAGAAGCAGAAGAACAUCGCCGGAGCGCUGGCUUUCUGGAUGGCCAACGCUUCGGAGCUGCUUAACUUUGUCAAGCAGGACCGAGACCUGAGUCGCGUCACGCUGGACGCUCAGGACGUCCUCGCCCAUCUGGUCCAGAUGGCAUUCAAAUACCUGGUCCACUGUCUCCAGGCUGAUCUGAACAACUACAUGCCGGCCUUCGUAGACGAUCCCGAGGAACACAAUCCACAGAGACCCAAGAUUGAGGACGUCCUGCACACGCUGACGGGAGCGAUGUCGCUGCUGCGCCGCUGUCGAGUCAACGCCGCGCUGACCAUCCAGCUCUUCUCGCAACUCUUCCACUUCAUCAACAUGUGGCUCUUCAACAAGCUGGUGACGGACACCGACUCGGGUCUGUGCUGUCACUACUGGGGGGCCAUCCUCCGGCAGCAGCUCAGCCACAUCGAGGCCUGGGCAGAGAAACAGGGCCUGGAGCUCGCCGCCGACUGCCACCUCAGUCGAAUUGUUCAGGCCACCACCCUGCUGACCAUGGACAAAUACUCCAUGCAGGAUGUGAAGAACAUCCACAACACCUGCUUCAAGCUCAACUCCCUGCAGCUCCACGCUCUCAUGACCAACUACCACUGUGCUCCGGACGAGCCUUACAUCCCGCCUGAGCUGAUAGACCACGUGGUGGCGGUGGCAGAGAACACGGCAGAUGAGCUGGCGAGGAGUGACGGGAGAGAGGUGCAGCUGCAGGAGGAUCCGGACCUCCAGCUGCCCUUCCUUCUUCCGGAGGACGGCUAUUCCUGCGAUGUGGUGCGCAGCCUCCCCAACGGCCUGCAGGACUUCCUGGAGCCACUGCUGCAGAGAGGUUUCUGUAGGUUAGUGCCCCACCCCCGUUCGCCUGGCACUUGGACUGUCCACUUUGAAGGAGCUGACUGCGAUAGCCACUUCUCUGCUGCUGACAGUUCUGAGAUGCCAAUGAGGAAAGACCCGGAGGUUGUCACGGUAACCCUAAAGAAGCACAACGGAAUGGGCCUCAGCAUCGUUGCUGCCAAGGGUGCUGGUCAGGAGAAGCUGGGCAUCUACGUUAAGUCGGUUGUCAAAGGAGGAGCAGCUGAUGUGGACGGCCGUUUGGCUGCAGGUGACCAGCUGCUGAGCGUGGACGGGCGCAGCUUGGUUGGUUUAUCACAAGAGAGGGCAGCGGAGCUGAUGACGAGGACGGGCUCAGUUGUGACUCUGGAGGUCGCCAAGCAGGGAGCCAUUUACCACGGACUGGCCACUCUCCUUAACCAGCCCAGCCCCAUGAUGCAAAGAGCAUCAGACCGAGGCCGUGACAAGAACGGGAAACUGCGACCAAAGAGUGAAGGCUUUGAGCUGUACAACAACUCUGUGCAGAACGGCUCACCUGAGAGUCCGCAGGGCGGCUGGGACUCUUACCCCGAACCAAAGAAGAUGAGUGGAGAGGAUAGACUUUUCAAGAACCGAGCCGACCACCGCUCCAGCCCUAACGUAGCCAAUCAGGGCCAGAGCCCUGCAGGAAAAGCAGUUUACCCCGGAGGACCCGGCACCAAGAUCACCUCCGUCUCUACCGGGAACCUGUGUGCAGACGAUGAGCCUUCCCCUCCCCGUCCUGAGGCCUACCCCAUCCCCACCCAGACCUACCCCAGGGAGUACUUCACCAUCCCGGCCUCCAAGAGCCAGGAUCGGGUUGUUGUUGUUCCGGGACAGGGGCCCUCGCAGCACUGGCAGGGCGUGGAGGACAGGGAACGUCUCCCCGUGGUCGACAACAUUCACAACAACAGCAGCAUGCAGCGUAUAAACCACUCCCAGGAGGAGUUGUACCCUCCACCAGGAGGUCUGAGGCCAGACGAGCGCAUGCAGCCGCACUACCAGCAGGACUACCAGCACAGGGACCUGGACUAUCAGAGAGGUCCACCAGGAGGUGUCGGUGGUCCUGACCACUGGGCCUCUCAGCCGCAGGUGUCCUCCUCAGUGGAGUCAUCCACGUCGAGCCAGGAGCACCUGAACUUUUCGGCAUCCUCGUCCUCCUCAAACAAGACCCCGAACCAGAAGACUGGACCGGGCCGAUGGAAGACGCCCAACGCUCCCCACGCUGUGCCGCAGCAUCCGGCCCAGACGCCGUCUCGGUCGGACCUGCCCCCUCCUCCACCCCCCCCACCGGCCGCUUACCCCGACGCCUACGACGCUUACGAGCCCCAACCGGAGUUGCCGCUCCCGCCGCCUCCCACCGCCAUUAAUUUCGUAGCGGCCCAGCAAGCUGCUGACCGCAAGAAACGUGAGGAGCAACAACGCUGGUAUGAGAAGGAGAAAGCGCGGCUAGAAGAAGAGAGGUGGGGGGAGAGGAAGAGGAGAGAGCAAGAGAGGAAGCUGGGUCAGAUCCGCGCCAACCCCGUCAUGCCCGUCCAACCUCACAACAACGGCGGGUCCAUGCCUCCUCCACACCACCAGCCCCCUCUGCCUUCCGUGGCCCCGCCCCAGCCCUAUAUCCCCCCACAGCCUCAGCCCCCACCUCCUCCAUCCAGACCGGACAAGCUGUCCAGCCUGCCUCGGUCAGCUGUUCCUCCCCCCGCCAGUACCUCUAACCCGGGCAUGGACACGGUGAUCAGGGACCUGUUGCCGCAGCAGCAGCCACGGACCAUCGAGAGGCGAGACCUGCAGUACAUCACCAUCAGUAAGGACCCGACGUCCAGUGACAGUCUGUCUCCAGACCCAUGGAAACGAGAUGCCCGCGAGAAGGCCGAGAAGCAGCAGCAACUUCACAUCGUCGACCUGCUGGACAAAGAGAUCCAGGAGCUGCAGUCAAAGCCGGAGCGGACAGCAGAGGAAAGCGACCGUUUGAGGAAGCUGAUGCUGGAGUGGCAGUUCCAGAAACGACUGCAGGAGUCCAAGCAUAGCGACGAGGACGAGGAGGAGGAGGACGACGAGGAAGUGGACACCAUGAUGAUCAUGCAGAGGCUGGAGGCUGAGAAGAGAGCCAGGCAGCAGCAGAAUGCUGUCCCAGCUAUCUCUGUUCUAGACUUGUUGCAGGACGAAGAACGAAGGCGUAAGCAACAGCUGGAGGAGAUUCGUAAGCGGGAGGCGGAGGAGCGAGCAAAGCAGGAGGAGGAGAGGAGGUGGAGGGACGAGUCCGGAGAGAAGAGGAGACAGGAGGAGGUGUACUACACUCGCCUGGAGGCCGAGCGGCGCCGGCAGCAUGAGGAGGCCGAGAGAAAGCUGCUGACGCCUGACGAGCCGGCCGGUCUGUAUCGGCCACCGCUGCCCCGGGACUACCAACCCCCCACCCCCAACAACCCUACUAACACCCCCCCGCCCCCACCACAGAGAAACACCUCCUACCUCAAAACCCAGGUUGCCUCCCCCGACACGCUCUACACCGCCAAGUUUGUCUCCUACGCGGGCGACGAGGAAGACGAGGAGGAAGCCACAAUGGCAGGCAGUGGCGGCGGCCACCAAUCAGGUCAGGUGAAGCUGUCGGCGACCCGGAAGUCGUACGGCGACCUCCCGGCCUCCGCCUCCCCCAAUCCCUGCAGGCCUCAGCCGCCGCCCACUGCGCGCAAGCCCCGCCCUCUUUCUGACGGCAUCUUCCUGUCUGGCUCGUUCCAGCCGCCAUACAACUCCAACAGUACAGGCCCCCCCCUUCCUGCCAAACCCAGCUCCGUUCCCCCGGGAGGCUUUAAAGGGUUUAACUCGUACACUGGAAACUCGGCAGGAGUUGUAGGAUCGGGAGAAGUCUACAACGACCCACGCGACAAAUGGCCGAAAAGUCAGGAGCAGGAGAACUCGAUCCCCGGCGGCAAUCCCGAGAGUAUGACCUUCAAGGAGCGCCAGCGCCUCUUCUCGCAGGGGAAGGAGGUUUCCAACAAGGUCAAGGCUUCACGCAAACUCAUGGAGCUGGAGAACGAGCUCAACACCAAGCAGUAGACACCCCGCCCCCUUUCUUUCACCUCCCAGCGCCCCGACCCCCCCUGCCGGCGGCCUCUCCUCGGUUCGUUUCCUCCCGUUUGUGUUGUCUGACACCCCCCUUCCCCUUUUUUUAUUUUUGUUGUAAUCGUUUAAUAACUGGACCGUUCACCUUUUUCUGAUGUAGCUAUAUCGUUGCGAUAGGAGAGACAUUUUUUACUUAAAAUUGUUCUUCCUCUUGUUGAGGUCUUUCAAAGAUAUAUAAUGAUAAAGCACUGUAAAAAAAGUUUUAAUUUUAUCUAGUGAGAAGUUGAGAAUCACACAAUGGGGUGAUAUAUUUUUGUUUAUAAGAUGGUUCUUGGGGCGAGGGGACAGGCCUAUUCUCAUUUUUGUUCUUUCUUUUUUUAAAUAGCUAACUAAAACGUGAACAAUUUUAUGUUUUUAUCUUAAUGCGCUUUUUCUUGAUAAUGUUGUUUUCACACUUUUAAUUGCCAGCAGAAAUGCCGGGUUGACAUCCAGACCAACCUUUGUAUGCUUUUUCUUUUUUAAAAUUAAACACUGUUAAUUCAUUCCUUAGCAAGAAAGCAUUGGGAUUUUUUUCUUUCUUUUGUGAUGUUUUAGAAAAACUAAAAGAUUAUCCAGAGGACAGUCUGGAGAAAGAUCUUUUAAGUGCACAACAUUACUGUAAAUAUUUGGAUUCACAACUGUUUCACUCUUUUACUACUGUAGAAACCUGCCAGCCUACUAAAAACUGCAAAACUAAUGUGAUUGAACAGCAUUUCGGUCACAGAAUAAUAGAUCAGGACUUACUUUUAAAACUGGACUGUGUCUCUGUUGCAUCUUACUGUCAGUGGAGUUAAUGUUUUAAAUGUCCUGCCCCAAUUUGAGGUAACUCUAAUUGUAUUUUAUUUGAAAUCAAAUAGUCAUUUCUUUGCAGUUGUGUGUGAUUCAUUUGAUUGAUUGUACCUGAAAUUCAAGCCAGAGAAAGGAUUUCUUCUACUCACUAUGUGAUUGUUGGUUUUCACAAUAAAAAAGGAAACACUCUUUAAGUC